CUGUUUUCCUGCCAAACCUGAUGGUGUGGCUAAAGUUAGCCCCCUGUGGGCUAGUAUAUAAGGCCCCAAGGGUCUAAUACUUACAUGUCAGUCACAUCGGCUUUGGCGUAGGCUUCUCUUCUUGACCAACAACAACCCCACAAACUUGAGAGAUGGCACCCAAGAAGGCCAAGAGGAGGCAGCAGCAGGGUGAGGGUGGAUCCUCCAACGUGUUCUCCAUGUUUGAGCAGAGCCAGAUUCAGGAGUACAAAGAGGCUUUCACAAUCAUCGACCAGAACAGAGAUGGCAUCAUCAGCAAGGACGACCUCAGGGACGUGCUGGCCACCAUGGGCCAACUGAAUGUGAAGAAUGAGGAGCUGGAGGCCAUGGUGAAGGAGGCCAGCGGCCCCAUCAACUUCACUGUCUUCCUGACCAUGUUCGGCGAGAAGCUGAAGGGUGCUGAUCCCGAGGACGUUAUCGUGAGCGCUUUCAAGGUCCUGGACCCUGAGGGCACUGGCGCCAUCAAGAAGGAAUUCCUUGAAGAGCUCCUGACCACCCAGUGCGACAGGUUCACCGCUGAGGAGAUGACCAACCUGUGGGCUGCUUUCCCCCCUGAUGUGGCUGGCAAUGUGGACUACAAGAACAUCUGCUACGUCAUCACACACGGAGAGGAGAAGGAGGAGUAAAUCCCCCUCUCUCAAGAUCUCUACCUCCAUACAAACCCAUGCUCGCUGCACCAUCUACUCACUCCCCCUUCUCCAACGCCGUGCCUACCUUGCACACGUUCGCGCCCCGGCCCGCUCUUUCCACUUGCCAGCUCACUACGAAAAGACUUGUCUCUUUUAUCGAGAUACUCAGUGAGAGGACUGAAGGCUGUGGGGGUGUUUGUGUGUGAGUACCAACAGAGGAACAUGGGAUUAUUUUCAAUAAAAAUAAUCUUGUGGCACUGAAACACUCUCUCCAUCUCUGUCCCUACCUCUUGCUCCUCUUCCUUUUCCUCCCAUCACUCAUUCUGUCCUCCUGUGUUGAGGCCAACAGUGCAUGCAUCAUACCUACAUAUUGCGUGAAUGCAUAUGCAGUCCAGUGUAUACAGCAAUCAGUCAAAUAUGUCUCUUGGGUGCUGUGGUGCAAGCACAGUCACUUGCUUGAAACAAGUAAACAGUCUGACCCAAGUGGUCUGUUAGUCUCAACCUGACACAGAGUGUUUAAUGGAUUUGUCCCUUUGUUUGUAUUAGGGAGGAGUGCACAGUAAAAGAGUGGGAGUACUGUACUAUAAUAGUUUGCCUACCCGUCUCUUUUUCUUCCUCUCUAAUACACAGGUACGAGAGGAAAAGUUGCAGUGAAAAAUAGGAAAGCAUGAUUUUUUUCUUUAAAAUCUUGUAAAUAGAGAAAGAGAUGGUGAAAGAUGGUGAGUGGGAGGCAGGGAUGAAAUAAACAAAAGUAAAACAUCUUUGUUUUUGACUCUUCUUCCUCUUUCUCAACGCUGUUUCUCUCCUGUUGUUGUGACUGUGUCUGUAACUAAUAAAGAAGUACAAAUAAAAUCCACUAUCUUUCGUA